AUGUCGACAUCACAGGACGGUACCGUUUCUAUUAAGGCGUCCGCGGAAAAUGGAGGAAGUAACUACGAGCUGCUAGAGUCGCUGCUACAAGGCAGGGAGCCAGAACAGGUGCCACUGAAGGAGCUGAGCGAAACGAUGGCAAGCCACUUUCAACCGAAGAAACUGGUCUUGGCGGAACGGUAUGGAUUGAUGUCCCGAACACAACGCCCUGGACAAACUCUGCAGGACUAUUAUGCGGAGUUGCAGAAAGCUGCAGCGACAUGUGAGUUCGAAAAGAUAAAAGACCAUCGUGACGCCAUGGUCACAAUGGUGUUCAUAGGAGGGUUAGCCUCUGUGGAAACCAGGAAAAGGCUUCUGGAACGGGAAAACCUCACUUCAAAGGAGGCUUUAGAGGCAGCUGAGGCUUUUGAAAGGGUUGGAAAGAAUGCGCCUCAUCUAAAAGAGGGCCUCCAAGAGGUGGGUAUUUCCCUGGUACAGGCUAGAAAGGAGAAGCUGUCGCAGAAGCCAAAGCAAAAUGUGCCGUCCUCGAGAGUCAGACCACUAUCAGGUAAAAAUUGUGUUAACGGAGCAGACGCGAAAUAUGUCGAAAGGAUCAAACAACCGCUCAGCCGUACUAGUACAAUGCACAUGUUGUGGAGACAUGGUGCAUCUGUUUCACAACCGCCGUCUGCUCCUGAUUCGCCGAUGAUGAUCCUCACAAGUAUCUUAGUCCUUUCUCACAAUUGA